CCCACUCUUGGCGUCAUGAUUACCACGAGGUUAGAAUGCGUGAAAAACACACAUGUGGGUUGCCUUGUCAGACCCAGAAAACCGACAGAUCUGUUUUAAAAUACCCGCUUGUUGUUUUCUCUGUUCUUAUUCGGUUUUUAAGGCCCACAUGUUAUAAUUCACAGCAAGACUGAUUAAGACAUUGCCUUGGUAAGCGCGUCUUUAGGUACGGAUUUUUAUUUUAUAGUUUACUAUGUGACCUGGUUCAAAGCGCAUUUAACCAAAUGAGUAUUUCGUGUAAUCAAUCAACAUUAUGCAAAAUAUUCAUAGAUCUGACCCAGACACAUAGGAUGGAGUAUUUGCCUGACUCUAAUGUAAGAUAUAAGGAUGUGGAUUACUGGAAUGAACGGUACCGGACGGAGGAGAGCUUCGAGUGGUUCGGGGACUUUACAAAAUUUGACCAUCUGCUCAGACAGCACGUGGGAACGGAAGAAAACAUUCUGAUGCUUGGUUGUGGCAACAGUGCUCUGAGCUAUGAUAUGUACCGGGCCGGCUACACCUCCAUCACUAAUGUGGAUUACUCCAAUGUAUGUGUGGAGAGCAUGGCGGAGAGACACAAGGACUGCGCUCAGCUCAGCUGGCUGUGCAUGGACGCCCGACGACUGGCCUUCCCCGAUGGUGUGUUUGAUGUAGUUUUGGAGAAGGGAACUCUGGAUGCCAUGCUGGUGGAGGAGAGAGACCCGUGGAAGGUCUCGGAGAACACGGCCCGACUGCUGCACCAGGUUCUCUUGGAGUUGUCCCUUUGGUGGUGUCAAGCCUCUCCAGCCAAUCAGAACAUAUCAGCUUAUGUCCAUAUGAAGAAAACAAAGCAGGUCAGUCGUGUUUUGAAACCCGGUGGCCGUUUCAUCUCUGUCACGUUUGCGCAGCCACAUUUUCGUAAGGGACUCUACGCUCGAGCGGAGUAUGACUGGUCUAUCAAGCACUAUCACUAUGGCAACAGCUUCCACUACUUCCUCUAUGUUCUCACCAAAGGUGAGGAGCUUAGCUCUGAGGAUGCUGCUCUGGAGAGAAGACUGCUUGAUGAAGCUGAGGCUCCAUCCACCAAUAUAAGGUUUCAAGAAGCAGAUUCUGAGGACUUCCUGAAUAACAUUGGAUUAUAGGGAGUUUAACAUCUAUCAAUCAAGAGACUGCUGACAGAAGUUCUACAGCAUACUUAUAUAUUUUUUUUGGCUCCUAGCCUAGCGCAACUAAAAUUACACUUCCUCUCCUUUUUUUUUUUUUUUUUUUGUGAUGUUAAGGACAACAUUACGCUGAAAUAAAACAAAACAACCAGAGUACCCUCCCCUCUGGGAUCCUGUAAACUUUUAGAAUUACAUGUUUGACUUUUACGCCACUCUGUAUCCGUUUAGAAUUGGGUCAGUACUUGGAACAACUAUAUGCUUUUAAACUAUUUCUUUUUAAAUAUCUUGUAUAUUCUUUAAAAGCCUUUUUUUAAACAUGCUUUGAUGUGAAUUUGUACUCUGUUCUGUAUUUUUUCUCUCUCUCUCUUGCCGUCCUAUUUCUCUGUUCAGUUGUGUUGAUUGGUAUGACAAGGUUGAGUGCUUGACACCUGCACAAUUGUGCAGAGACAAAUCUGUCACAAACGCUCCUCAAACAACAAAUAAACAGACAGACAGAAAACAAA